CCUAAGAAUUCCUCAAGCAGCAGGGGAAGGGGGAGGUGGGGGCGGAGCCUCACCUGUCCACACCUGUAGAGACUGGAGACCACUGCUCGAAACCUGCACUGACUUUACGGGCAGAACCUGAGAUUAACUCAUGUGGAUUCAAAUGUACAGGAGAGGAUUUGUCUGAUGUGCUUUCUUGUGGAUCGCCUUCGACUUUCAACGUCCACCUGAAGGCGGAAGUGAGAGGAGCAAACAUGGGCAGUAAGGAGCAAUAUCAUUGGCUGGCCCAGAACGUGAAGGUGAGCGGCGUGGAUGACAUGGUGCUCCUGUCCAAAAUCAAUGAAGACGCCAUCACGGACAACCUGAAGAAGAGAUACAUGGACGAUUACAUUUUUACCUACAUUGGACCCGUUCUGAUCUCCGUCAACCCAUUUAAACAGCUUCCAUAUUUUACUGAACGAGAAGUGGAACUCUACCAGGGAGCGGCCCAGUAUGAGAACCCGCCUCACAUCUACGCUCUGGCUGACAACGUGUACCGCAACAUGAUGAUUGACUGCGAGAACCAGUGUGUCAUCAUCAGUGGCGAGAGCGGGGCCGGAAAAACCGUGGCCGCCAAAUACAUCAUGAGCUACGUGUCCAAGGUGUCUGGGGGCGGAGCUAAGGUGCAGCACGUCAAGGACAUCAUCCUGCAGUCCAACCCCCUGCUGGAGGCCUUUGGCAACGCCAAGACGGUCCGGAACAACAACUCCAGCCGCUUUGGCAAGUACUUUGAGAUCCAGUUCAGCCGAGGAGGAGCUCCCGAUGGAGGGAAGAUCUCCAACUUCUUGCUGGAGAAGAGCCGAGUGGUCUCGCAAAACUCCGGGGAGAGGAACUUCCACAUCUACUACCAGCUGCUGGAGGGAGCCAGCGGGGAGCAGCGGCAGAACCUGGGAGUCACGACCCCGGACUACUACAACUACCUCAACCAGUCAGGAACGUUCACGGUGGAAGACGUCAACGACAAGAAGGAGUUCUCUGACACCUUGGGUGCCAUGUCCGUGGUGGGUCUGUCCGUGGAGGAUCAGGACUAUGUUCUUCAGCUGGUCGCAGCCAUUCUUCACUUGGGGAACAUCAACUUCCGGGAGGAGAACAACUUUGCCGUGGUGGAGAGUUUGGACUUUCUGGCCUUCCCGUCCUUCCUGCUCGGGAUCAAUCAGGACGCUCUGUGCAGCAAACUGACCAGCAGGAUUCUGGACAGCAAGUGGGGCGGAAAGACCGAGUCCAUCUCGGUCACCCUGAACACGGAGCAGGCCUGCUUCACCCGAGACGCCCUGUCCAAAGCGCUCUACAGCCGCCUCUUUGACUUCCUGGUGGACUGUGUAAACAGAGCCAUAGAGAAGGAGCAAGAGGAGCUCAACAUUGGUGUUCUGGACAUCUAUGGCUUCGAGAUCUUCCAGAAAAAUGGUUUCGAGCAGUUCUGCAUCAACUUUGUCAACGAGAAGCUGCAGCAGAUUUUCAUCGAACUUACGCUGAAGGCGGAGCAGGAGGAGUAUGUUCAGGAGGGGAUCAAAUGGACACCCAUCGAGUAUUUCAACAACAAAGUUGUGUGCGACCUCAUUGAGUCCAAAGUGAAUCCUCCAGGCGUCAUGAGCAUCUUGGACGACGUGUGCGCUACCAUGCAUGCUAAAGGUGACGGCGCCGACCAGACCCUGCUGCAGAAACUGCAGGGUCAAGUUGGUUCACAUGAACACUUCAGCAGCUGGAACAGAGGAUUUGUCAUCCACCACUACGCCGGCAAGGUGUCGUACGACGUCGGCGGCUUCUGCGAGAGGAACAGGGACGUAUUGUUCAAUGACAUCAUCGAGCUGAUGCAAGGCAGCGAGUUUCCGUUCAUCAGAGCGCUGUUUCCUGAGAACCUGGAGGCCGAGAAGAGGGGACGUCCCUCCACGGCCAGCAGCAAGAUCAAGAAACAAGCCAACACUCUGGUCAAGACCCUGAUGAAGUGUACGCCUCACUACAUCCGCUGCAUUAAACCCAACGAGACCAAACGUCCACACGACUGGGAGGAGAACCGAGUCCAUCACCAGGUGGAGUACCUAGGCCUCCGGGAGAACAUCCGGGUCCGCCGAGCGGGAUACGCAUACCGCCGCGUUUUCAAUAAGUUCCUGCAAAGGUACGCCAUCCUCACCAGGGAGAGCUGGCCUGCCUGGAAAGGUGAGGAGCGCCAGGGUGUCCUUCACCUUCUCAGCUCCGUCAACAUGGACCAGGACCAAUUCCAGCUGGGAAAGAAAAAAGUCUUCAUCAAAGCUCCGGAAUCGCUCUUCCUGUUGGAGGAGAUGAGGGAGAGGAAGUACAAUGGUUACGCCCGAGUCAUCCAGAAGGCGUGGCGCAAACAUGUUGCCGUCCGCAAGUACGUCAAGAUGAGGGAGGAAGCGUCCGACAUCCUGCUGAACAAGAAGGAGCGCCGCAAGAACAGCCUGAACAGGAACUUUGUGGGAGACUACAUCGGCACCGACAUUCACCCGGAGAUCCGUCAAUUUGUCGGCCGCAGAGAAAGGAUUGACUUUGCCGACACGGUGGUGAAAUUUGAUCGCAGGUUCAGGACGGUCAAGCGCGAUCUCAUCCUGUCCCCCAAGUUCUUGUACCUGAUUGGUCGAGAGAAGGUGAAGCAGGGACCAGACAAAGGUCAAAUUCAGGAGGUUCUCAAGAGGAAGAUGGAACUCAACAGUAUACAAUCAGUUUCCUUGAGCACACUCCAGGACGACAUCUUCAUCAUCCAUCAAGAGGAAUAUGACAGCGUUCUCCAAAGUGUCUUCAAGACCGAAUUCCUCAGUCUGCUAAUCAAACGUCAUCAAGAGAAAACUCAGAGGAAUCUUCCGCUCAAGUUCAACAACCUCCUGGAGUUCAAAGUGAAGAAGGGCGGCUGGGGUCCGUUCAGCUCGUCAGGGUCCAGACAGAUCCAGUUCCAGGUGGGCCAGGGGGACGAGGCAGUGCUGAAACCCAGCUCGAAGGUUCUGCACGUCUCCAUUGGAACGGGUCUGCCCAAAAACUCGCGACCCACCAGGAGGGACAACCGCAAGAGUCUCUGCAGGAAGACUGGAGCUCCACCAAGCAACCACAACGACCUGGGUCAUCGCCACCCAGGCCCGGUGACAAGCCAAGGAGGAUCCUCCAGACGCUCCUUGACAAGGCAGCAGUCCAGCAUGGAGCAGCCAAGUCUACCCCGCCUCCAGAGCCAGCACAGAACCGAGAGCAAGGACUCUCGGCACGUGGACAUGGGCUUCAUGGGCGUCCCAGAACAGGGCGCCGCAGGACUGCAGCGGCGGCGCUCCAAGGAGGUGAAGCCGGUCCCUGGCGCGGGCCGACCCAAACCAGCUCCCAAGCCCAAGCCCCGGACCCCGCAGUGCCGCGCCUUGUUCGCCUACGACGCCCAGGACACGGACGAACUAAGCUUCAACGCCGACGACGUCAUCGAGAUACUGACCGAAGAUCCGUCCGGAUGGUGGUUUGGACGCCUGCGCGGUCGGGAGGGGAUGUUCCCCGGGAACUACGUGGAGAGGAUCUAGCAAAGGUCAGAAGUCAUCUCUCCUUUGCUUUGCUCCGCUGGAACCAGGAGGCUAUUGACGUGCUGAAAGCCACUUUAGUGUUGAUUGUUCAUUUCUUCAUUCUCUACUUUUGAAAUGUGACUGAAAAUGUCAAAACAAAAUUCACCUCAGUGUAAUAAAAUAAUUUCUUACAAUCUGA